AAGGAAUUUGUCUUGGUGCAUAUGCUCUCAGUGUACAUAAAAGAAAAGAUACGUUCAUCAAGGUACAACAUUUACAACACAAUUGAUGAUCAAUAUAUCAAUAUAAAUCAUAAGGAUUGCCAGCAACAAGUUAUAGUCAUACAGUCAUAAGUGGAAAGAGAUUGGCGAUGGGAACUAUGAAACGAUUAAUAGUAGUGCAGAUUCAGUAAAUAGUCUGACAGUGUUGAGGGAAUUAUUUGUUUAGCAGAGUGAUGGCCUUCGGGAAAAAACUGUUCUUGUGUCUAGUUGUUCUGGUGUGCAGUGCUCUAUAGCGUCGUUUUGAGGGUAGGAGUUGAAAGAGCAUGGACAGCAUUUGCAUGGACAGCAUUUGAAAAACAUUGAAGGAAAAUGCGAUAACAACUUGACUUGCGCAUGGCUUAAGAUGGGAACCAUCAAGACAGAAAUUAAAGGUUUAAUACUUGCUCCUCAAUAACAAGCUCUACAAACUAAUGUCAUGAAAGCAAAGAUACAAAAAUCCACUAACAAUCCAAACUGCCGACUUUGCAAUGACAAAGUUGCAACUGUUUCACAUUUAAUAUAUGAAUGCAGCAAAAUCGGGCAAACUACAAAGCUAGACAUGACUGAGUUGCUAAAUUAAGCCACUGGUCAUUAUGUAAAAAAUACAAUUUACCUGUAUCUGAAAAGUCAUGUGAACAUAAAGUGGCAAAAGUCAUUAAAAAUGAGAAGGUGAAGAUCUUGUGGACUUUCAAAUACAGAUGGAUCAUCAUUUGGAACACAACAUGCCAAAUAUCACAGUUGUCAAAAACUGAAGCGUACAAUUUAUUGAUAUCGCUAUACUAGGAGAUGCCAGAGUUGAAGAAAAAGAACUGGAAAAAAAUCAUGAAAUAUUGCGACCUGGCCAUCGAAACUACGCGAUUAUGGAUGAAACAUGUAACAGAGAUGCCCAUUGUCAUCGGGGCACUUGGUACCAUGUCCAAGAAUUUUACAAAAUACAUCAAGAAAUUGCAGCUUCCUGCAUAACACCACUGGAACUACAAAAAACUGUGCUACUGAAAAUAUUGUACAUUUUAAGAAGAUACUUGGUUGAUACCUAGGAUGCUGACAGCAACCCGUAUCAACCAUCAGUACCAGUCAAUGAUAUUUGUGAUUUUUAUUUUUAUUUAUUAUCUGUUUUAUUCAUGAAACAUGAAAUUCUCUUUAAAAUUUAAAAAUGUGUCAGUAGUUGUUUAGUAGUAGUAGUAGUAGUUUAUUAUUAUUAUUAUUAUCAUCUCUUUUAUUCAUUAAACGUGAAACUCAGUCAACUGAACAUUUAAAAAUGUGUCACAAAUAUGAUUGACUGGUGCUAAUGGUUGAUACGAGUUGCUGCCAGCGUCCUAGGUAUCAACCAAAUACCUUCUUAAAAUAUAUGAUGUUCCGAGUAGCAGUUUUUUGCAGUUCUGCUGGUGUUAUUGCAUAAAGUUGUUGUUGUUAUUAUUAUUAUUAUUAUUUUACAAAAAUGUGGAAUCACAGCUGCCAGUUCUUUAGCUUGUGUUCGCCUUCAUACACAUUGAGUUCUUUCUACGAACUGGAAUAUCAUAGUGUAUCUUUUUAACCACAGUUUAUAUUAUUAUAGUUCAUUGCACAGUCAGCCAGAUGUUUAGACUAGAUUUAGCAUUUUUAUCCACUUAUGGAGUCUUUCCCAAGGAGAUUGGAUUUUGUAGUUUGAUAGUAAUAGUAGCAGUAGUAGUAGUAACAGUAUUACUUGUUUAGUAAUUCUCAAGGUCCCAUUUCUACUGCAUUGCUUUUGGACCGCGUACUGAUCUGCACAAAUACUAACUUCCAUUCUCCGUCUGCCUGAUAGUACCUUUUUCCUUGGAGAGAAAGGGGAGAUUUUAGGCAAGCUCCGGGCAAAGUAUUAAGGGCACCGGCUUCUGUGAGGCGUCACCUUGCUACUGGGCAUGUGCAAAGCAUUCGCACAUGCCCAGUUAGGCAAGAGAUUGGGCAGCUUCUUCUCUGGCACCAGCAAAACCAUUGAACUCGCGUCGCACCGAAAGAGCGAGGCAGACAGAAUCAGUGCGAAACGAAGGUGGGGGGAGCAGCAGAUAGACAGACGGAGCAAGUAAGAAAAGCAAGUGGGAGGGAAGUAAGAGAAGGGAAUUCGUGGAAUUGUCGAGACGUUUCUGAUCCCUGGCAUUUAAACCGCCGAAUCCUCACUAUGCGUUGACAAAGAAGAGCAAUCGCUUGAAACCAAUGAAAUACACAAAACUGUAUCUCUGCGCUGCUCCAGUCGGAAAACAAUGGGAGCCACGUUUGCUUGCGUGCGGAUAAGUCCACCUCUCCCAAACGGGUUUCUUCGGGGACUGCUUCAAAGGUGAGACUCGAAAACUUUGCCAUGCGUCAGGAAUCGGUCGGUUUUUUCGCUCCCCCCUUUUCCUUGAUGAUCUUCCGACACUGAUGGGCAGCAGCUAUUUCGCUUGGAUGGGACAUGCUGUUGGCGCUGUUAUGGAUCUCACCUGAAGGAGGAUCCGGUCGUUUUUUAAAGUAAUAACAAUUACAGCCAUCCUAGUUGCGGGACAGUUUCCUUGAAACUGCAACCCCGAGCGAACAAGAAAGCUCCAUUUAAGGGACUGGCCACCGGUAAUUGACAAUCAGCAGCCGGGACUCCCAGUUAAGUUGCCCACACUGUAGGAGGGGAGGGGUUGUGUUACCUCGUUUAAUAUUAAUCCGGUACGACCCUUCAGAUCCCAGUGCCGGAAAUGAGCCUGGGAAGAUGGGGCGAGAAAGGCGCUCCUCCGCCUAGUCGCUUGUUCUGAGCUACCAGCCUCUCGUACAGCUCAAUAACUGUCAUGAAAAAGCCGGUAAAGAAACUGUCCCUUAGUGGCGGCGGCAGCGGCGAGGGCUUUGAAACGGCAAAUCUCUCCCACUUUCGGGGUUGUGGUUGAGAAAGGGGCGAGUCUCUUUCCUGGCCUCGAUUAGAGGCGCGGGUGGGGGAGGAAAACCACCCAUUCAGUUCUGCAGGUGUGUAGUCAGCCGUAGCCCCAGGGUCUCGGGAGCUCUGUUCUGUGCUUAACUGAGUUAGUCAGCAAGUGUGUCUACCGACAACCCCCCCCCCUUCUGUAUUCCCCAUCUUUCCUGGGUAAACAAUCCUUACCACUUGGUUUGGCAGAAAGAGCUACCACCAUAAGAAGGGGAGAAAAAUAGAUUUUGCCAUCAAUAAGAUCUUGGCUUUCUUGCUGACCAACAACCGCCCACCGCCCCCCGAUUUUUUAUUUUAUUUUUUUAAUUUUUGCUCCCGCCCUCCUCCCUUUCGGAAUCUGUUGUUGUUUAAAGUCAGACAAUGAGGCGCCGGGAAACUCCCUUCGGCAGCCUGGAGGGAGGCGAAGAGCUUUAGCACCCACCGCGCAGAAAGGGGGAGUGCGGGUUGCCUGCUCGGUCAAUUUCAGCCCACAGGGAAAGCUCCCGCCUGCCUGGGCUCCCCGAUGGUUUUGCCUGGGCUCUGGGAGAGCUUCAGAUUCCGUCGUGCGCACCUCGCCCUCCUGAGCUGCUUCUGCACUAGAAUGUUGCGGCAGGUCUUGCACAGAGGGCUGAGAACGUCUUUCGCCAGACUCGGCCACUUCGUUGCCAGCCACCCGGUCUUUUUUGCCUCUGCGCCCGUGCUCAUCUCCAUCUUGCUGGGGGCCAGUUUCAGCAAGUACCAGAUCGAGGAGAGCGUAGAACACCUGCUGGCCCCUAAACAUAGCCUGGCCAAGAUCGAGAGGAACCUGGUCAAUAGCCUCUUCCCGGUGAACCGGUCCAAGCACCGGCUGUAUUCCGAUCUGCAGACCCCAGGGAGAUACGGCAGAGUCAUCAUCACAUCCUUUGUCAAGGCGAACAUGCUGGACCAAUAUCACACGGAUCUGAUCUUAAAGUUGCAUUCUGCUGUGACCAGAAUCCAAGUACAAAGACCUGGUUUCAAUUAUACAUUUGCUCAUAUCUGCAUCCUAAAUAAUGACAAGUCCUGCAUAGUGGAUGAUAUUGUACAUAUUCUGAAGGAACUGAAGGCUGCUCGUUUGUCUAAUCAAACUAAUUUUGCUAUUCGAUAUCCAAUCACACACUUAAAGGAUGGCAGGGAAGUAUACAAUGGGCACCAGCUUGGUGGAGUCACUGUGCACAGCAAAGAUCGGGUAAAGUCUGCCGAAGCCAUUCAGCUUACCUAUUACUUGCAAGCAAUCAAUUCCUUAAAUGACAUUGUAGCAGAAAAAUGGGAAUCCAACUUCUGUGACACAGUAGAACUUUUCCAGAAAUCCAACCGGAAUGUCACACUGUAUCCUUUCACUUCAUCAUCCCUUCAAAAAGACUUCCAGAAGACAAGUAGGAUAUCAGAACAUUACCUAACUACAAGCCUCGUCCUUGUGAUGACCUUGGCAAUGCUCUGUUGUUCCAUGCAAGACUGUGUCCGCAGCAAACCUUGGCUUGGCCUUCUUGGCUUGUUAACUGUGACUCUGGCCACUCUCACUGCAGCUGGAAUCAUUAAUCUGACUGGUGGGAAAUAUAAUUCUACCUUCCUGGGAAUUCCCUUCAUCAUGUUAGGGCACGGAUUAUAUGGAACUUUUGAAAUGUUGUCCUCCUGGAGGAAAACUAGAGAAGACCAACAUGUAAAAGAGAGAACUGCAGCUGUGUUCGCAGACUCCAUGCUCUCCUUUUCUCUCACCACUGCCAUGUAUCUGGUGACUUUUGGGAUUGGUGCCAGCCCUUUCACCAACAUUGAAGCAGCCAGGAUCUUCUGCUGCAAUUCUUGUAUUGCAAUUUUCUUCAACUACCUCUAUGUACUCUCGUUUUAUGGUUCCAGCCUCGUGUUUACUGGCUACAUAGAAAACAACUACCAGCAUAGUAUCUUCUGCCGAAAGGUACCAAAACCAGAGGUAUUGCAAGAGAAGCCUGCUUGGUAUAGAUUUCUUCUGACAGCCAAAUUUAGUGAGGAUACAGCAGAGUCAGAGGAAACAAACAGUUAUGAAAGCCACCUUUUGAUGUGCUUCCUCAAGCGUUAUUACUGUGACUGGAUAACAAACACAUAUGUCAAGCCUUUUGUAGUUCUCUUUUACCUUAUUUAUAUUUCCUUUGCCUUAAUGGGCUACUUGCAGGUCAGCGAAGAGUCAGACCUUAGUAACAUUGUAGCAACUGCGACACAAACCAUGGAGUACACUGCUGCUCAGCAGAAGUAUUUCAGCAAUUACAGCCCUGUCAUUGGAUUUUAUAUUUAUGAAUCAAUAGAAUAUUGGAAUGUGACCGUUCAAGAUGACAUGCUAGAGUAUACUAAGGGAUUUGUAAGGAUAUCUUGGUUUGAGAGCUAUUUGAAUUAUCUGAGAAAACUCAACAUAUCAACUGGAUUAUCUAAAAAGAAUUUUACCGAUAUACUGAGGAACUCCUUUCUGAAAGCUCCCCAAUAUGCCCAUUUAUCAGAGGAUAUCAUUUUUUCCAAAAAAUACAAUAAUGAAGUUGAAGUGGUGGCCUCUCGAAUGUUCUUGGUAGCUAAGACCAUGGAUACCAAACGAGAAGAGCUCUAUCACCUCCUGGAAACCUUACGAAAGCUGUCUCUCAAAUCUAAAGUGAAGUUCAUUGUUUUCAACCCAUCCUUUGUCUACAUGGAUCGUUAUGCCUCCUAUGUGGGGGGGCCCUUGCAGAAUUCCUGUAUUAGUGCUUUAUUCCUGCUCUUCUUCUCUGCAUUCCUAGUGGCAGAUUCUCUCAUCAAUGUAUGGCUCACACUCACCGUUGCCUCAGUCGAAUUUGGAGUUAUAGGUUUUAUGACCCUGUGGAAAGUUGAGCUGGACUGUAUUUCUGUGUUGUGUUUAAUUUAUGGAAUUAAUUAUACAGUUGACAACUGCGCACCUCUCUUGUCAACAUUUGUCCUGGGCAAAGAUUUCACAAGAACUAAAUGGGUAAAGAAUUCCCUGGAAGUGCAUGGGGUAGCGAUUUUACAGAGCUACCUCUGCUACAUUGUUGGUCUGAUUCCUCUCGCAACUGUGCCUUCAAAUCUGACCCGUACACUGUUCAGGUGCUUGUUUUUGAUAGCAUUAGUCACCUUCUUUCAUUGCUUUGCCAUUUUACCUGUAAUACUAACUUUUCUGCCACCAUCAAAGAAAAAAAGGAAAGAGAAGAAAACUCCUGAGAAUCGGGAGGAAAUAGAAUGUGUUGAAAUGGUGGAUAUGGAUAGUACCCGUGUGGUUGACCAAAUUACAACAGUCUGACUAGUUAGUUUGUCUUGCUUUUUAAAAAAAAAAAAUAACCAUCACCCCUAAAUAUUGCCCAGAGAAAAAAAUCAUAUUGAUUAUAACAAUAGGAUUUGGAUGUCUGUUUUCAAAUUAAAACCAAGAGCAUCCAGAGCACCAUGUGAAGGGGCAAAUGUGACUGUUUGUGGAUUGGCCUUCACAUAUAAAGUUCAGUGACAUUUACAUUCACCCAAUACAAUGAGAGUGCCAACUUGGGUUGCUACCUGAGAUAAAGACAAUAGAGAUGGGUUAUUAAAAGCAUACUGCCGUGUCUGCCCUGCCAAUGCUGCUGCCCCUGGGGCAGUGUGUGCCCACACAUUGAAAGGUCAACUGUCAAGGCUGAAGAAGCAGUAAGUGUACAUUUUGGACACAGAGGCUAUAUAGAACUUUCAGUAUAGCAAUAACUCAGUUCUAUGAGUCAGCUUUUAUGGAUCUUAGCCAUUACAUCUAACUUUUAUUUCUAUUGCUUCUUUUUUUCUUUCUUCUUUUUCUUUUUCUGAAUAGAAACAUAUAUGCAAGUUGUUAAACAAAAGCAAACCAACAAUGGCCAAGAAAUUCAAAUUUAUGCACGGCUAAAUAGAGUUAUCACUGUUAAUCUAGGGUCAUUUCGCAGUUGCCUUCUUUUCUGAAUUAAUAAAUAUUUUAAAGUGGAAUUAAUCCCCUAUAUAUUUUAAUACAACAUAAUUUUCUAACAUUUUUAAAGAAAAAAACAAAAUUAGUAAUACAUAUAAACACAUUCAAGUUAUCUGUUACAUCACUUUUUCAGUAAGGUUUAUUAAUGUUAUUCAAUAGAGAUUAUUAUUGCUGUGGUUGUGGUUGUUGUUAUUGGAAACCUUGCUUUUGUAUGCUAGAUUUGAUAGCAUUGUCUCAUAUGUUAGGAGAUCUAAUGGCAGGUUGGGAAAGGAAUAUAUUUAGCAAAUCCUACCAAAAUCCAUGAAACAAGCCUCAGAUGCCUAAAUUUUGUCUCACAAAUGUGUAUGUUGUAGAACGUCUUAAACUACUACCCAUUGUUCCAGGCUGUACAUUAUUAGUGCACAAAAAGAGGCUCAACGUGUACCCAUACAUAAUAUGUAACAUAAGUCACAAUCUUCAACUAGAAUUUCUGUCUCUGAAGUCUCUACUAUAAACUAUAAAUCAAGGAAAUUAGUUGAACUCUCCACAAAAGUGGUUUUGAAUUCUUAAUGCUGCCGUCUUUCAUGAGUUAAUGUUUAAAGGAACUGUUCUAAUAUAAUAAAACAUAGUAAAUAGUUAUCACUGCCCUCUUGAAAGGUAUAAGAUGUGGUGCCACAAGAGAAAGAAGGAAACAAAAAAUUUACAAUUUUGCAGUGAACUAGACCAGAGAGAUCCAUAAAAUACAUUUCCAUCAUCUUUGGUGUAUCUACUUGGUAUAUCUCUGAUACUUGCUAAAAAAUAAUAUUGCCCUCUGUGAUACAGAAGAAUACCGAAUUUGCUUACAGUACUGACAACUCACAAAUUCUGGAAAAUUUCAAUUGACAUUAGCUACUUGUAGCUUUAGUGCUGGGCAUGCUAUUAAAGUCAUAGUAGGUAAAAUGUGUACUUAGCAGAUGGAACAGAGCCAACUAUUUCUAUUUCUCAAAGUUCCUUAAGUAGGCAUGACCCCAGUGACGCUAGUCAGUCAAUUCUCUAGAUCUGGUACCUGGCCUCCCAGACUUCUCCUUUCUCUUAUUAUUUGCCCUGAAAAAACUGGCAAAGUUGAAUUAGAAUUGUGCAGUGGUAAUCACCAAAUUACACUAUUUUUAUCUUUAUAUUGGCACUGUCCUUUUAUGUCAAAUCCUCCAUAACAUUGCAGAUAAUAAGUUUGGCAUGUUGAUGUAGCACAGGGGUGUCAGACUCAAAACCUGGAGGCCAAAUCCAGCUCACAGGGUGCUUAGAUCUGGCACGCAGGGGCACCCUGGAAACAGCAAAGGACUGGCCCACGGUGCCUCUGCCAGCAAAGACAGAGCUCAGGAGAGCCACCUGUUUUGCUGGCAGAGGGUUGUAGGACACCGUUGCAGUGAAAACAGAGCUCAGGAGCCUGUUUUCGCUUCAGUGUACUCAAGCCACCACAACAUGAGUGACAUCGAUUUGGCCAUGCCCACCCUGGCUCCCCAAGGGCAAACACAACCCUGAUGCAGCCCUCAGUGAAAUCGAGUUUGACAUCCCUGAUGUAGUAGAUGGUUAAUCCCUAGAGAUUUUUUUCCAAUAGUAUUUUCACUGCUGCUGUAUGGCAGGGUGAGUUCCCAUUAUUCACUCCAGCUCCUUGACGGGAACAUGAAAGGAGCCCCCAAGGGCAUCCCCUGGGCAACUGUGAUGUCACUGACUAAUUCUUUCAACCUGGAACUGCUUCAAAGUUACCUCUGACACGAAUGGGAUGGAGUAAGCUUUUGUGUUCCACUAGUAUAAGUACUCCAUUAAAAUAACUUACAAAAGGUAUAUCAAGAACUUGACAAGCUUGUAAUUCAAACAUACUUGAACUUUUCUAUAUCACAGGGCUUUUUCAGCAAUCUAGUGAUUGGACAAACAGUGAGGAUAAGCACACUGAAUCAUUUGCGAAAAAAAAUACUGCACAGUGAAUUUGUUUUGUUCAUUUUAAGAUAGAUAUUCUAGCAUUUUUAUUCCAUUGUUAUAAUAAACAGCUUCUAUUGUUGUUAGCCUCUGAAAUAUCCAGUAUAGUAGAAAGUUAAAAUGUUUUGUUCCUUAUCAAAUAAUUUUCUUCAAAAAGGGACAAAGUUAUUCCUGCCAAACCUUAUUUCUUCCCAAUAUGAAAACCAUCACAGCAUUCUUCCUCUUCCAGGAUUCAGGUUGGCAAGUUGCUACAUGCAUAAAAUAUCUGUAAAAUAUGCAGUAGCUAUUGCCAUAUAAAUUGUUUUGAGAAAUUUCUUGAAAUUCAUAAUUAUCAAAACUAAAUAUGCUUUUGAGAGUACAAAAUAGUUGAAGAAAUUUAAUUCUUUGCUCCCAAUUGAUAAAUUCAGGUCCAAUGAUAUCUAUGACUUUGCCUUCUGUUAUAACAAAUUUAAAUUAAUGCAUAACAGCUUCACAUAUAAUGUGAUUUUUUUUCCUUAUCUUACCACAUAUCAGGCUCUGGUAAAAUCUUACUGUAUGCCCACAAAUUUGUAAACUUAUAUGAAUUAUUAUUUUUUUAAUGUUCAGUUGUAUUUUUCAAACAUGUUCUUGCUUAUAUAUUAUUCCUAAACUGGAUGUUAAAAGUACUUUAAAUUUGGCUCUGACAAAGAUUACAAAGAUGUGCAUAAUUGAACUCCUUAUUGAAUGAGAUUCUUACAGUGCUGCUGUAAUGUGUGCACAGAGUUUAGGUGGACACAGGAUAAAUAGGUUAUAUGGCAAUCAUUCAUUUAAUGACCAUUGCAAGUUACAGCAAAACUGAAAAAAGUGACUUAUGACUGGUUUUCACAUAAGCGUUGCAGCAUCCGCAUGGUCACAUGAUCAAAAUUCGAGCACUUGCCAAUUGGCAUGUACUUAUGAUUGUUGCACUGUCCUGGAGUCAUGUGAUCACUUGUAACCUUUCCAGCCUGCUUCCAACAAGCAAAGACAAUGGGGGAAGGUAGACCUCUUAAUGACCAUAUGAUUCACUUAAAAAUUGCAGUGUUGCUUAACAACAGUGUCAAUAAAGGUCAUAAAAUGAGGUACAACUCAAAUUAACAACUGCCUUGCUUAGCAAUGGAAAUUUUGGGUGUGUCUAUAAGUCAAAGACUAUAUUUAUGUGGAAAUUGAUUACAUUUUGAAGCCGAAGUCCUACAAGUACUUUUAUGUUUACUGAAAUAUAAUUCAUUUAGCCAAAUAACUCACUGAUCAGAACAAUAUUUUUUUACUUUGGAAGGAAAAAAUAAACCUACUUUUCUCUGAACAUCAAGUUAAUUCAUACAAGUCUGUCUUGGAUAUUCCUUAGAAUGAAACAGAGGAAAAAUAACUGAAGUAACUGGAACAAUUUCACUAUAAAUGAGCCAUACCUAAGAUACAUGCCCAGCAUUUCACUGUAAGCAGUAGAAAUCAGAAAAAUGCAAAAGCUGUGAAACUAAAAGAAAAGCUCUCUGGUAAAAACAAAUGGAUGUCUUUUUUUCCAAAUCCCAACCAUUUUACUAAAUGAAACAAGACCUGUAAAAGGUUAAAUAUAUUGCAAAGAGGCUAAUGUUACAGUGAUAUGUGCCAAAUUCUAUUUGUAUCCUGGGAAGUUCCACAAGGCAAGACCAUUUCUAGUGCUACUGUAUUAUUCUUCUGCACAGUCUAUAUUUAUUCACUUGCUAAGGGUGACUCCCUGCCCCAGUCAAUCAAGUAAUGGUAUCAUCAGAAAACACUAGCAAAACUAUAUUACUUAAUCUAAAACAUUUGGAAAUGUUACCAUUUGCUGUGAAAACCUAUCUCCAAAUAAUAAAAGAGAAAACCAAGAGCUAUUAUGUAGGCUGUAUCUUAAAAGUCAUAAUAUAUUCACUUUCAUUUUUUUAAAAAACAGCUUUCUAUAGCCCAUAUAGAUGUUUACCAUAAGCAUCUGCUACUAUGGAGAUGCUGCAUGCGUUAUUAAUGAGUAUUUGAAGGUCUUGCAGAUUGUUGCUGUGAUAUGGAAAAGUGACUGCCAAAAAUACCAUAUGAGAAUGUUAGAGUAUAGAUGCAUUACUUAAGUUACUGUAGCAUCAAUCUGAUGCAGUUUACAAUCUGGCUGGAAAAACUGAUUUUUCAUUCAGUAAUUAAUUGAUUUGUUCACACAAUCAAAGGACUAAAAACACAAAUAUAGUAUGAUGUCACGGUACCUUUUGGGACUCUGAUCAAUAACAUAUUCCCUAAACACUUUAUAAAAAAAUCAAGUAUCUUUCUAAAUAAAAAGGGUAUGUCAGAACCAGCCCUAUCAUUGAUCAAAGUAAGGAAGCGACUUCAUGAAACAAGUCCUAGAAAGAUGGAGAUGGAAGAAAGAACCAAGCAUGCUUCACAAACUGCCCUGAUCCAUGGGUGAAAGGGAAGAUGUGUUCCUGUUCCCAUUAGCAAAGUAAAAUGAAAUCGAGAAUCUAGUCUACUGCUGUUAAGUAGAAAUACUGAAGUUUUGCUGUCUGGAGUUGGGUCUAGGACAACUUGCCACAGCCAACUUGCCAUGGCCAACUCACUAUGGGGCAAUUCACCAUGGCUAACUCACAAUGGGACAACUCACCCCAGGACAAAUGUUACACUAAUAUCAAAGAAAUUGUAGAGUAGAAUUAUUAAAUGAUGCAAAAAAAAGGGCAAAAUGAAAUAUGAAUGACAAAAAUUAAAAUAUUUUUAAAAUUAUUUUAAAUAAUUAAAUUGAAUUGUUAAAUUGUCCCACAGCCAAGUUGGCCAUGGAGAGUUGGCAGUGGUGAGGUGUCCCAUUAUGUCAGGUCCAAACUCUAGAGUAAGGGAGUCAUUUCCAAGUGUGCAUGGUACAUCAUCCUCACAGUUACUAAGAGUAUGACUCCUACUGGACUCACUCCUCUUCCCAUCAGUCUAGUUGUUUAGGAACAGAAGAGUUGAGGCAAAGAUCUUGAAUUUUUUCAGUAAUCUCCCCUACCACCAUUAUCAUCAUUCCAGACAUAAGUCGUGAGGGUGCAGACUCAAACAGGGUUCAGACAUUGCACUAACUCUAAUGAUUUUUCAUUUAGCAGGUUACCAAUUUCCAACUGUUAUAAUUUAUUAAAUCAAAUGUAAAGCUUAAUGUAUUGUGCAAACCCUGCAACAUGUGGUUUAUUCAAUAAACCCUAGGCACAACAUAAUUUAGAUCAAUAUAUAGUCUCAGCUACUGAGUCUUACAGAGCUCCAGCCCAGAUAAUUGAGAGCCACCAAGAACUUUCAAGCUGCGGCUAGAAAUAUUAUGGAGGAAACUCUAUGUUUUAACUAUUUCAGUCACAACUUGAAGUUAACUGUUUCUUGCAUGAAGCAAAUCUUAAUGAGCUGAUUCACUAGCAAUAUUGAAGGAUGAAUACAAUUGGAAAAGGUGAUAAUUUGGGGGCAGGGGAGAACUGCCAAUCCAAACAUGGCAACACAAAGGAUGUUUUUAUUCCAGCAGGAGGUAGGAACUUGAGAGGAGAGGAAGGGGUUGGGAUAUGUAGAUGAAAGGAUAGAUCUGGUGGAAGACCACUUUCAUAGCCUGGGAAUAUAUUGUUUUGUUUUGACUGGCUGCCAUCUUGACUUUUCUGAACUCCAUUAUUGAUCCUCUGUCUCAGGGACUCAGAGUUAUUUCUACUUUCGAUGCCAGUGUAGAUUCGAACUGGUGAUAUAGAUACCUUAUAGAAAUAAGUGAGUCUAUUUGAAAACCAUUUUCAUUGUUAAAUAAAAGCUAUUUCUUUUGGUUUUUAUGUUAACCAAAUGUCUGUGUUAUCAUCUGUCUCCCCUGUGUUCUACUCAAUUCUAUAAUUUUAGAGAUUUAAACACUUUUUAAGCCAGAAAUGAGAGUUAGUGGUGGCAUCAUAACAAAAGAUAAGGGAAAAGAACAGCAAAACAAGGAAGACAUAUGAUGGGAAGAUUUAGAUACAUACAGCUGAAACUAAUGGUUAAAGCUGUGAAUUACAUUAUUGACUGAACUACAAAAGCUAUAUAAAUAACAUUUCCUGCAACUGUUAAUUUGAACCAAUGAAGUUAAUAAACUAUAAGAACAAUAAAAUAAAUUAAAAAAACUUAAAGCACCCUUAAAGCAAACAAGGAGGAGCAAAAUUAUGGGGAAAAGGAUGCAUUUUCAGAUAUGAAGAAUUAAAAUUUUCAUUUUCUGAAGCUUUCCUGAUAGGGAAGUUGGAUGUAGUAGUAACACAAGAGAGCACUAAACUGGGAAAAGUUUGUAUAAAAUAUCAAUGCACCUGCCAGAUAAACUGAAAGUUUAAAAAUUAUGUACCUUCUUUAAAGUAAGGCAUUAAAGGAUAAUUGUAACUAUGCUUGCUCCUAGGACUUGUCUGUAUCACCUCUAAAAUAUAUAUUUAAUCUAAGUAGAGGACAAAACAUGGUCCACCAAAUGUCUCUGAACUGCAAUUUUCAUCAUUUGCCAUUGAGACAAGAUGGUUGGAAGUAGAGUUCAAAACUUUUGGUAGGUUGCUCAUUAUCCAGUCCUGAUCUAAGUGACCUACAUAAAUUGCCUGACUGAUCGUUUACUUUUCUAUAAUGAAUUUGGAUAGAAGUUUAGCUAUCUCCAAUUGUUGUACUCUGAGAACAAAGUCAACAAUCAAGAAACAGCUACUUGCCUUAGAUGAUCAAUAAUUAGCUCCAUUUUUGAGUCUGGCUAUUUGUUCCUUAACUUUAGGUUCACUUCAUUGUGCUAGGGGUAUAGGAGGAGAUGCCUUCCGCUUCACAACCCCACUUUCAUUUUCCAUGCAAUUAAGAUUCUGUCUACUUCUCCACCUCAUUUAAAACAGGUAGUAAUUGCUUAUAUAGUGGGUUAGCAGCAGUAGAUCCUAUGGAUGAUAGCAGUAGCAAUUGCUGCCCAGAGAAAAUCAGUUUGCAACUAAUUUACCUGUCCAAGUGAGCAAGCAGUAAUGUCCAUUAGGAAAUAUAACAUGAGAAGUUGCUCAUUGUUUGCACUAUCUCUUCACAGCUCCCUGCUGCUGCUUUUAGCAGCUAACUUCAGGAAUUCACUGCUUGCCUUCUAUUAGUUUAGGGCAUUUGCUUUGUUAGCAAAUGGGUGGUAGCAAGAGGCAGCUACUCUUGCUUUUCCUUUGUCUGUAAAUUAGCAAAUUAGUAUCUGAGUUGCAGAACCCUAUGAACUCCUUAAAGAGAUGCAGUAUGCUCUUUGCCACUAUAUUGUCAUCGAGAUUUUUGCAGCCAAGAUCUAAAUAAGAUGAAUAUUAUAUUUUUCUAAUCGGCGACAUUAUUGCAUGUUUUAUUUCAACAAGAAAAGGCAAGAUAUUUUUGUAGGAACCAAUGAUAUCUAUUGGGAAGGUGUAGAAUUAGAAGAAUAAUAGUAAUAAAAUGCAAACAUGACAAGGUUGAAUAUAACAUUUGUUGAGCCAAUGGAUCAAAUGUUCACCUUCUCUUCUUCAAAACAAAGGAAGCCGUUUUUUAUUUUUAAAUUAUGGCUGCUCCAUAUCUUGCCAAAAUUACUGUCUUUAUUGUUACAAACCUUGUCAACAUUUUGGUACACCCCAAUGUGCUUUGUAUUUAUUAAUUUUCCAAUAUCUAAGAACUAGAUUAGCAAAAACCAACUGAGCAGGAAUUCUGCUUGCUCACUAUUUAUUUAUUUAUAAAAUUUUAUAUGGUCUCCCAAGAAUUCUGAGCUGCUUACAGAAAUAAAUCUCCAAACAUAAAAUUCAAUAAGCCCCAUCCCUCUAGAUGCCUUUGUUGCUCAGUUGUAAUGGAUAUCAUUAUUAACAUACAUAUUCGGUAUUUUCCUCUAUUUUCACUUCAAAUACCCUAUAUUUGUUGAUACCAAAAACAAUAGUCACUUAGCCAGGAAGAUACCUAAUUUGUAUUAGCAUUUAUAAAUGCCUACGUAUGUCUCAGACAUACUGUAAUCAUCAUACAGACAGUCCAUGACUCUUGCUUGGAGUGCCCACUUUUUAAAUAUUUAAAAACUUUCCAGUAAUACAUCCUGCCUUGGAUUGUUGGACUGUUUUCUCCAGUCUUGAGCAUUGUUUUGCAUGCCAAUGCCAUAUGGAUGAGAAUUACGUUACCAAUACAUCUAGAGUUCAUCAGAUUGGGGAAGUUUGCUUUAGAAUGAUUUCAGGCACUUUUACAAGCUACACGAGUGGUUCCUAAAUGAUAAACUUUAGUGUACAUUCAAAUAGUCUGUGGGAAGUUGCACUGCUUUUUAUUUCAGGUCUUUUUCCCUUGAGCUGUGCACUUAAGACAUUUUAUGUGAGAUGCCUCUCUGUAGUCCUCUCAUGAACUAGCUAUACUAUACUAGCUAUACUAUAGAGAGCAAUUGUGAAUAGAAUCGUGAUGAAUCUUUUUUUUACUAAUAUUUUAAAUACUGGGAGAGUCUUAUCUAGCAAUGCUGCUUCUUUCUUUCGUCCCAAGAAUACUGAAUAUUGAUUGUGGUAUACAAUGUAAAUAUACUGAGAUGGAGAAAAAGCUGGUUUUUAAUAUCAUAUUCUUUUUGUGAGUCUCCCCUUCAACUUCCAUAUAUAGUCAAUUGCAAUAGAAGAAUAUGUGGAAAGAAAAGAGAUAUAGAAUAAUGGUCCUCACUUUAACAGAGUUGAAGAAAUUUUUGAUUUACAAAACUUAAACCAUCAAGAUUAAAUUUACACCCAAUUACAACAAACAGACAGAUUGGCUAUUGGCUAUUUUAGAUAUUCAGUCACAUCUGAUAAUCAGUUUGCUUUAUUUACUGUUGUUUGCAACUGUUUACUCUGCUUAGUCGUUGCUUCAUGUGGUUCAGAAAGAGAACUGAAAGGUGGUGGGUUUUUCUUCUCAAAUGAAUUCCAGAAAAUUAUCUUCUGGAAUGCAAAGAAUCUUUCCUGAAAACAAACUAUUUCUAAAAUGUCUAAAUUAGGCAAUGUCUUUUAAUUAUAACCAUUAACAAAAGUACACUAUUCAAACUUUGGCAGUUGACCUUCCAUGGGUAAGAAUGUUGAGGUGUUUGGAGAUCCAAAAGCUCCUUUUAAUGGUUGAUCAUCAAUCUCCUCCUCAUGCUCUGUGAAAAGCAUAAUCCUUGUGGAUGACCAUAUACAAUUCAUCUUCAAAUAUGGAUUUUCCUAACAUGGAGUACAAUAGCCAGUUUUGGAGUACAGUAGUGGAGAUGGUUGUUAUUGGCAAAGUUACCUUUGCUCUACAAAGUCCACAAUGAACUCUAAUCACUCUCAUCCUACACAAUUGCUGAACUCGGAUUCACCAUAAAACUAGCUAAGAUUCUAUUAUGUUAGGCAGAUCCAUGGAUGAAGAUUUAAGCAAUGAAAAAAUCAUAAUAUGGCUAUCAACAUUGUCAAGCUUUCAGUGAACAUGAGGAGAGUAAAGGAAUCUCAGGUGAUUAAGUAAUGUAAUGAUAUGAGUCGUUGUUGUUGUUAUUAUUAUUAUUAUUAUUAUUAUUAUUAUUAUUAUUAUUAUUAUUAUUACUACUACUACUACUACUAUUACUAUUAUUAUUAUUUCUUCAGACCAUUUUGUAGAUUUUCUUUCAGCCACUGAGGGAGAAAACACUAUUUUAAAAAAACAGAAUGUUUGCAAGUCUGCCAUUUGUUUUAUGUAUCUUAUUUUUCUUGCAAAAUUUCAAGAAUUCAGCCACUGUGGUUUAAUGGCUCCCCUAACACUUUUUUGCAAUUGUAAGUACUCAGGGGUUUCACUGAAAAGGGUGGCUGGAUGCAGCUUCAGGAGUAAUUGUAUUCAACCAACUUCUAUAAUUAUGCACCAACAGCAGAAAUGACACAAUUUUCAGUCAACCUAUUGUGACAGACACUGUGUAAUGUCAUAAAAUCAAAUGCAAUGUUUAGUAAACAUAAACCUCUUUGUCAUUUUGUAUUUAUUUAUACAGAUUUAAAAAAU